GCAACCCGGGCAGCAGCGGCGGCGUUCGUCUUGCGUUUCUCCAAAAAAAAAGAUCUCCAACCACAACUUUCCCAUUUCUUCCCUCUUUUUUUUUUCUUCAUUAUCUUCAUCGUCCCGGUGGGAGCGCUUCUCAUCGCAAACCCUCUCGUUUCUUAUUCUUGAUCCUCAACGGGCCCGUUGAGCAUGUCACUGUCCGCACUGGCGUUGUACAGACCACGAUAAACAAAACAAAGCCCACAACUCCAGUCCUGUCGCACACAUCCCGGCACAUAGCAAACCCGAAGCCCCGAGAUCUUCCUCCCCUCCCAAAGAUACCAUACUCCCGCAGCUGUUUGCUAUCGCCAAUAGAAACAAAAAGAAAAGCAAACGAAACGGCGCCUAGACGGUGAAAGGGAGAAAGUUCACCGCAAAACUCCCAGAAGCUCCAAGCCCGACGAUGGCAUCGCAAGGCGCACCAGGCGACUCCCGCCCCAUAACCCCAACUCCCUCACAACUCCCGCCGGUUCCCGCGUCGCCAGUCUACUCCCUCGCCUCGACCGCGAACCCGCUCUCCUCCUACCACCUGCCCCUCCCGCCACCACCGCAACCCGUACAUGCCGUCCUCACCAAAUCCGACCUCGAGUCUUCUCAGACAGCCUACACCGACCUGAUUCAGUCCGCAAAGGCCUAUCGUAUCGCCCUCGCAUCCCUCUCCACCGCAGCCUCCGCCUUCGGUUCUGCACUGGAAUCCUGCGCAAGACUCAAAGAAGCCCGUGCAGAGUCCCUAUCGGGCGGCAUAAACGGCCUCUCGGGAGGAGGGGGAGGCGGCGGCGGUGGAGGCCUGUUAUCGGCGAGCUUCACGGCCGGCGGACCAAAAGGGUCCUGUACCGCCGACCUGCUCCUUUCCGCCUCGGGCGUCCACCAUCUGGUCGCGAACCACCAGCAGAUCCUCUCCGAGACCGUCUACCGCGACUUCGAGGUCCCUUUACUCCACGAGCUAGACCAAUGGCGGCAGCGCGUCGACGAUGAGGAGGAGGCCUACGUGCGCGAGGUCAAGGCCCGCAACGCCGAGAUCAGGAAGCUGGAAAAGGAAGGGCUGAAGCUGCAUAAGCAGCGUAGGCGCGACGUGGGCAAGUUCAGGGCGCACCUGGUGGACUUGACGACAAGGCUGGAUGGGUUGACGUCCUUGCACGGGGAGCACGCGCGGACGCUGCUGCGGGAGAGCCAGGAUACCAGCGGGCGGAUCCUCGAGUCGUCGUGUAGUCUUGUGCGCGCCGAGGUCGACAUAUUCGAGUCGCUUGCGCGGAAAGGGUGGAGCGGCGGCGGACUGGACGAGUUGUUGGAGAAGGGCGCGGAUCUGUUUGCCAGCGACGAGGUCGGUGACCACUCUGGGCUGGGAAGCGUUAUUGGCGGUGGUGUAGGUGGUGGCGGCGGGUCGGCUGAAACGGCGAAGCUGUUUAGCAUUCUCCCGCCCAAGAGUAUCCUCGCGGACGCGGCGUCGGAUAUGACGAGGCGAGGGGGUCACGCGCGGGGCGAUAGUUUGCUCAGCGACCCGGAGCGGUACCAGAGUCUUGCUGCCGCCGCGGGAGGACCUUCGCCUGGUUUUGGCGGCGACGAUAACGAUACGGAUAGCAUCUUUUCCGAGACGAAUUUCAACCGACCCAGGGGCGUGAGGCCGUUUUCGCCGCAGCCUAUCCGACGGCACGCUACCGACGUUACGUUUGAUAGUCUAGGGGUUGGCUUGAGUGAGGAGCCUAGGAGCGAAGAGCACAAGAGCCCGGAGGAUAAGGUGGAACAGAGGCGGCAUGAUGUGCUCAAGGAGGAAGAUGAAGACGAGACUCUCGGGGAGAGGCAGAAUUGGGGCGACGAGCCGGUUGACUCCAAAAGUCCUACUGAAAGAGGAGAAGAAGAAAAAGAAGGAGAGUCUGCGGCGUUGCUUGGAGACACUGCCGUCGUGGAAGAUACCACCGCGCAAGACGAGGCGGCAAUCGCGAGCGGGUCGGAGGAGAGGGGGCGGCCUGGACGGCGGUGGAGUGUGAAUGAAGACGACGCCUAGAUGUUCUCCUUUCCCGUUCAAGUUUUCGGUGGUUGCUCUGCUCGGAGGUUUUGACGGCGG